AUGUCAGAUUACGCUAAGCUAGUUGCUGGGUUAACGGGUGAAGACAUUUUGAACAAAUGGAGCGAAGUUACUCCGUUGAAACAGAUCUCUGGAGUUCCGAAAUCAGCAGGUUCAAGCACAGACAAUUCCAUCAUCAACGAAACGAUAUUUGAAGGCCACAACGAGGAACAAAUUAAAUUGAUGGAUGAAUUGUGCAUUGUUUUAGACUACGAGGACAAGCCCAUCGGAGCUGGUACCAAGAAGUUGUGCCAUAUAAUGACCAACAUCGACGAAGGGUUGUUGCACAGAGCAUUUUCUGUGUUUCUCUUCAACGAGGACGGAAAGUUGUUAUUACAACAGAGAGCUGACGAAAAGAUCACAUUCCCACAGAUGUGGACCAACACCUGCUGUUCGCAUCCGUUGUGCGUGCCUGAUGAAUUAGGCAUAACGGCAGAGGGUGGAAGCUCGAACCAAAAUGACUUGUCGACCGCCAUUGCGGGAGCCAAGGUGGCAGCGCAAAGAAAGUUGGAGCACGAACUAGGCAUUCCUUACGGAGAUGCUCCUCUUGCCGACUUUCAGUACUUGACCAGAAUCCACUACAAGUCGCCUAGUGGAGGUGACGACUCCAAGUGGGGUGAGCACGAGAUCGACUACAUCUUGAUCUUGAAGACCAAGAACGACAUCACCAUAAAUGCCAACUACAACGAGGUCAAGGACUACAAGUACGUGGGUCAAGACGAAUUGAAGCAAAUGUUUGAAGAUGACUCGUUGGUAUUCACCCCAUGGUUCAAAUUGAUCUGCCAAACUUUCUUGUUCAACUGGUGGGGUAAUUUGGACGACUUGCACUCUUUCAAAGACGAUAAAGUCCACCGUUUACUCUAA